AUGCAACAUGGCAACAACCCAUCCUGUUUGGACAGGCAUGGGAUUAGGCUUCAAUCCCUAGACAGCUCCCGUAUCCCCACCGCCGAGACCGCGUCCCUCACCCUCUACCGCGAUCGCAUCGACAAGGAGUCCUCAGAGGUCACCUACGUCAGCACCGACAACGUCCAUGUAACUGGGGCCGUCGAUUUCGAGGUGUUCGAGAAGGAGGAUCUGAUCCUCUGUGGGUCGCUCGAGAGGAUGGAGCCCUCGUCGAAGAAUGGCGGUGUCGGGUUUAAUCAGCACCAUCAUCAGGCCCUGGACAAUGAUUCAAAGACUGGGUGGAGUAUGGAUUGCUACUCCGCAGCGUCGCUCACAACAGGAUCCUCCGCAUUCUGCCAGCCUAAGCUCGAGAUUUCCUCGCCCUCCAUUGAGGUGUAUGUCGCUAGUUGCUGCUCUGGAUUCCCCCUGAUUUUGACGAAGACGAUUCAUCUGAGUCCAAGGCGGAAGCCUCUGGGGCAAACGACUCUCGACUCUAUACCGGAGGAUGAAGAAAUGGGAAGAGAGUAUAGGAGCAUCAAUAGCUUUCUUCGCAAUCCGGAG